UCUUUGCCCAAUCUUUGCACUCCCUUCACAGCCUGUUGGCCAGUCAUUCCUUCUAAACAAAUUAGAAAUUUGUUUUAUUUUCAUACUCACACUCUCCUUGUUAUAAAACCCCCAAACCCCCUGCCCCUCCCUUCAAAAUGCGCUCCGGCGUCCUGUCAUUCCUUAUCUCGGCGGUGGCCGUGUCCGCCGCAGUCAUUCCCUCCUCCUCCUCCCCCUUCUCCGCCCACUCGAAGCGCGGCACCUCCGUCUCCGUGACGCCGCACGACAGCUACUCGUCCUCGAUCGGCGUGCUCGGCUGCAAGAUCAACACGAACCGGGUGGCGUACUGGCCGUCGGCGCCGGACUGCGACAAGCUGUGCGUCAAGGUGACGGCGAACGGGCGGUCCGUCAACCUGCUCAAGGUCGACCAGUCGGGCGGCGCCUACGACAUCUCGUACGACGCGUGGAACUACCUGUCGACGGGCAAGAACGCGACGGUGGACCCGACGGCCGGCGGCGGGCUCCCGGCCACCUACGAGGACGUGCCCAUGUCCGAGUGCGCGGACCUGCUCAAGGACAAACAGCACCUGUCCUUCGCCGCCGCCAACAGCAUGAACUUCAUCAGCUCCUGCUCGGCCAGCACCUGGGUCGGCCAGAACUACGCGCUGUACAACAUCCUCAACACCCAGUGCACCUGGGGUAUCGACGAGCUCUGCCACCUGCCCGACCCCAGCCAGGGCAACCAGCCCAUCUGCGACCACCAGCUCGGCCUCACCGUGGCGCUGACGGAUUGCCCUGUGAUCAACAUCAAUUAUCCUACCGGCACGACAUCUGUUGCGUCGUAAGACCAACCGCUAUCAUUAUUCGCCAAAAAAAACCAAAAAAAAGGUUCGGCGUGGUUAGGAAAGUCCUAUAGAAAAUAGGAGUUUUUAUU